CUCUGAUUGUUCCGGCUACUCAGCGAUUAUAUGCGACAAAGGUCUGUCAUCACCCACCACCCCGCGGCUUUACCACAUCACUAAAUUCACCCGACGUCCGAAUCUUGAAGUCCAACUCAGCAGUAAAUCCAGUAAAAUGUGGUGGUCGAAUAGCAACAAAGAGCCUGAAAAGUCCCCAAAGGCGGAGGCGGCAUCAUCUUCAUCUAAAGACACAGCUCCGACCAAAGAUGGGGCCAGCAAGGCUUUCGAUCCAAACUCACUGCCGGAAAGGCAAAAGCUCAAGCCGUCCCUGCAAAAGAUCGUAGACCAAGCCGACAGGGAAGACAACUUUUACGACCAGCUUGUGGAUGGCUAUGCUCCGGAAUCGACGGAAUCGAACGUUCGAUAUGCAGGAUACGCCGCGCGUCUGCGCACCAUCAUGCUGUCGGCCCAUCGCUAUGUUGCGUACACCUCAGAUAUUGGCGAAUCCUUCAGGCCUGUAGCCCACCCUUACCUAGUCAAAGGCGCUUACGGCGUAUCGUGGCUGUACAUACUAGGAGAUGUGAGCCACGAGGGCUACAAGGCUUACUGGCAAAAUCAGCGCACGCGAAACCCGCAAGUUGCCUUGACAGCUCAUCAGCAGAGGAUACUGGGGUCGGAUGCCACCUCUGAACAUUCAACCAAACUUGAGCCUGGUGUAGUUACACCUCUCGAGGAUUAUCGCACAGUGAUGGCCCAGCGAGCUAUUUUCCAGAGCUUGGCGAGUAUGGGCUUACCAGCCUUCACCAUCCACAGCGUCGUAAGGUAUUCCGGCCGGGCCUUGAAGGAGGUCAAAAACAAAAACAUCAGGACAUGGGCCCCCAUCGGUCUUGGAUUAGCUGUUGUUCCAUUCCUGCCAUCGCUGUUCGACAAGCCCGUAGAAGACGCGGUAGAGUGGACCUUUCACAAGGCAUUUGCGACUGUUGGCGGGAAAGAGACUGUUGGAGAUACCCCCGCUACGGGCAGGGAACGGCAACUGAACGAGAAGGUAAAAGAGAAGGAACUCUAGUGCAGACGCUAAAGUGUGUAUGAUGAACGGUGUGUUCAACUUUGAUGACAUGCAUUUGACAAGUAUAUACCCCGCUUGUUGAUGGUAUAUACCUACCUACCCACCUAGCUACGCUACUCAACAAUUAAUAAUGUAAAAAAUAAACCAUUCCCGACGCCUCGCCAAUGCACCACAUAACAAAUGAUAAAUACCAGAAAAUGAACAAGAG